UUCUUUUCCUUUUAUUUUUUAUUUUUUUAUCAACACCUUCCCUUUCCCUUACUUUCCUUUUCGUCCUUCCUUUCCUUUUUAUCAAUGUAUUUUAAAUCCAUUGCUGCAUCCAUUGCAGUAGCUCAAACUUUGGUUAGUGCUGCUAACAGUCAAGAUUAUUGGAAAUCAUUUCAAUCCGGAACUGACCCUAACAAUAUCACUCUCCCUAACAUCAAACAAGUGACAUCCAACGAUCCUACUACCGAAUGUACUUAUUACGAAACACCUGCUCAAUUCAAGUACGUUGAAUCUGAAUGGCCUACUAUGUGGGAAACUGCUACUUCCAACGGUAUGAACAAGACUGCUGAAUUCACUGCAUUGUACAACUCCAUUCCUUGGUCAUCUAUGCCCAACAUUCCUGUUCGUAAGGCUACUUCUGCUGGUGGUUUGGAUAUGACUGGUUACGAUCAAAACAAUGAUCCCGAUUGUUGGUGGUCUGCUUCUACUUGUACCAAGCCCAAGCAUCCUGGUAUUAACGAAGAUAUUUAUCAAUGCCCUGAACCUGAUACUUGGGGUCUUACCUAUGAUGAUGGUCCUAACUGCUCUCACAAUGCUUUCUAUGAUUAUUUGGAACAACAAAAAUUGAAGGCAUCCAUGUUCUACAUUGGUUCCAACGUCGUCAACUGGCCUUAUGGUGCUAUGCGUGGUAUUCAUGAUGGUCAUCAUAUUAGUGAUCAUACCUGGAGUCAUCAACUUAUGACUACUUUGUCUAAUCAAGAUGUUCUUGCUGAAUUGUAUUAUACUCAAAAGGCUAUCAAAUUGGUUACUGGUGUUACUCCUCUUUACUGGCGUCCUGCCUUUGGAGAUGUGGAUGAUCGUGUCCGAUGGAUUGCUACUCAAUUGAACUUGACCACUAUUCUCUGGAAUCUUGAUACUGAUGAUUGGGCUGCUGGAAACUCUGAACCUGUUGCUACUGUACAAAAGAACUACGAUGACUUUGUCCAAAUGGGAAGCAAUGGUACCUUCUCCAAGAGUGGUAACAUUGUAUUGACUCACGAAAUCGACAAUAUGACCAUGUCCUUGGCUAUCGACAACCUUCCUAAGAUUCAAAAGAGUUACAAGCACGUUGUGGAUGUGGCCACCUGUAUGAACAUCACCUAUCCUUAUCAAGAAAAGACCGUCAAAUUCCCCUCUUUCUCUGAUUAUCUUGCUGGACACACUACUAACACUGCUGGUAACAACUCUUCCUCUUCUUCUUCUUCCUCUUCUUCCUCUUCAUCCUCUUCUGGUUCUGGCGCUGCUUCUGGUUCCGCUUCUGGCUCUGCUUCUGCUGCUAACCAAUCUGCUACUACUUCUGCUGCCAUCAAGACUGUCCCUAUCGGUACCUUUGCCAUGGCUGUCGUUGUUGCUUUUGCUGCUGCCCUUUUCUAGAUUAGAAGCUUCGAUAAUAUUUUUUUAUAUAGUUUAUGUACCAUUAUUAUUUAUUGAUAAUAAAAAAAAUCAUUUGUGAUGCUUCUUUUAUGCAUGAUAGGUGAUACAGGAUGAUAGGUGAUAACGCAUUGGUAUGUGAAUGAUGGAUGAUUUCUAUCUUGAUGAUUCCUCCGAUGAUGAUUGCUGAU